AUGGCGCCCAUCCCCAGGGUGGGCGGCGCCACGGUGGCGACGCGGGCCGUGCCGCCCGGCGAGGCCGGGUACUUGACGGUGGAGGCGGGGACCAGGCUGAAGAUCGAGCACAUUGGAGCUGGUGAGGGGGAGCGCGGCUGGCUCUACGCGCGCCAGUCCGACGCCCCCGACCAGGCUGGCUGGCUGCCAGUGCAGGCGGUGCUCGCGGACCGUGCGCCGAGGGCCGUGAGGGGCUUGGUCCAGAGGCCAGCGGAGGAGAAGGGCUACCUGGUCGCCGCCAGGCGCCCUGUGGCGCGGGCGCCUGGGGCCUCUGCGGGCGAGGGCUUCCUCGCACCUGUGCAGCUCGGGGAGCAGCUGGAGGUUUUGCCGCACCCAGAUGGCGACGCGGCUGGCGACGCGGGCUGGGUCUACGCGCGCAGGGCUUUACCUCCGCACGAGAAGGGCUGGGUGCCCUGCUGCGUCAUUGGCGAGGUCGACGACUCCGACGACGAGGCCGACAGCGAACCCGGGGCCGACAUGGACCCCACGGUGAGGCUCACCCCGACGGAGGUGGCGUAUCACACGCGGCCGGGGGGCCAGCACAGCGUGCUCCGGGUCCAGCCGAGUCUGGACGCCGACGUGGUCCCCGACGCCAGGAUCACCCAUAACGAGCGGGUGCUGUCGGGCAUGACCUCGGGACUUUGGUCGCUGGUGGCCACGGACAGCGGCAUGAGUGGGUGGUUGCUGUCCGAGCACCUCAGCACCACGCCUGUGUUGCCGCCGGGGCCAGCGCCAGCGGCUGCCGCCGCGAGCGCCUCGCGCCCUGCAGCACCUGCAGCAACCAAGGGCGAGGGCCCGCCAGUGGUAACGUCGCCCCGCGGCGAUCGGAGAGUCAGGCCGCUGGCGUGGAUGCUGCAGGAUGUGGCCUCACAGCAGCGCUGCAUGCGAACAGUGCGCAGGCAUGGCAUCGGCCAGUGGGCGCUCCUCCGGCAACGGCGGUGGCUGGAGUGCAUUGAGCACUGCACCGCCGCAUUGCGGAGCGACCCCGCUCACGUCAAGGCAGCAUGGAGGGGCGCAACCGCUGCAAUGGAGGCUCAGAUGCACGACGUUGCGGUCUCCUUCGUGGAGGGCGCUCUGGAGGCGGACCCGGGCUGCGCGGAGCUGCUCGAGCUGCGGCGGAAGCUGGGGCCGCUGCCCGACGGCCCCGACGCGAGGCCUCCUGGCGGAGGGGACUCCAGCGACGAGGACGUCGCCGUGCAGCGGUGGGCCACAUCGCGCACGGAGGCUGCCCCCUGCAGCGGCGGCCUGCCCCGCCUGGUGAGAGCAGCACCGUCGAAGGACAAGGCAGACUGA